UUCGGAGGAAUUCUGGGUAGUAAAGUGGUUGUUUUUCAAUGGUGGAUUGCUUGAUUUACGAACUGUAAAUCCUGAUGUUGUAGGAACAUGAAUUCAGAAAUUGAACCCCACAUAAGUAAAAAAUAUGAAAUCAAAAAGAGAUUGGGAAAAGGGGCCUAUGGGAUUGUGUGGAAGGCUGUUGACCGGAGGACUGGGGAAGUGGUUGCUGUUAAGAAAAUAUUUGAUGCUUUCAGAAACCAGACAGAUGCUCAGCGUACUUUCCGUGAGAUAAUGUUUCUCCAGGAAUUUGGAGACCAUCCUAAUAUCAUCAAGCUGCACAAUGUCAUCAAAGCCGAGAAUGACAAAGAUAUUUAUCUAGUAUUUGAAUUUAUGGAAACUGACCUACAUAAUGUGAUAAAGCGAGGAAGUAUUCUGCGGGAUGUACACAAACGUUACAUCAUGUACCAGCUGUUAAAGGCCACUAAAUACCUUCACUCCGGCAACGUCAUACACAGGGAUAACAAGCCAUCAAACGUACUACUGGACAGCGACUGUGUGGUCAAGGUGUGUGACUUUGGAUUGGCUCGUUCCCUCACACAGAUAGGGAUAGAUGCUGAGACUGGGGACCCCAACCUUACGGAGUAUGUGGCCACUCGCUGGUACAGGGCACCAGAGAUUCUGCUAGCAUCACACAGGUACACUAAGGGUGUGGAUAUGUGGAGUCUCGGCUGUAUCCUUGGAGAAUUAUUAGGGGGCAAGCCUCUUUUCCCUGGCUCCUCAACUCUCAAUCAGAUAGAGAAAAUUAUGGGUGGCAUCCCUGUACCAACUCGAGAAGACAUUGAAAGUUUACAAUCGGCCUAUGGUUCUUCAGUGUUAGGAAAAGCUUCUGUGAAGCCAAAGAAGAGUUUUGAAGACAUGCUACCUGAUGUUCCAAAAGAAGCUUUAGACUUAUUACGACGACUUCUUCAUUUUAACCCUGACAAACGUAUAACUGCUGAUGAAGGACUACGCCAUCCUUAUGUAUCUAGGUUUCAUAAUCCGGCCGAAGAAAGAAGUAUAGACUACGAUGUGGUUCCACCACUUAGUGACGAUGUACAGCUAACAGUCGACGAGUACAGAAACAAGUUAUACGAGAUGAUUAUGCAAAAGAAACAGGAGCGCCGCAGACGCCGCCAAGAAAUGAGGAGUGCCCCUCAUCCCAUGCGUGUACGCACAGAGAGCCCCCACCCUCCCAGUGAACCAUACCACAAAGACAACUCUCCAAAAGGGGCGUCGCCCAAAGUCUACAACAACAAACAUGCAGGAGACGGCCCUCCACAAUCGGCCCCUCAACACCAUUCAUCAUUUUCAGCAUUUGGAAGAACAACACAUGGAGAUCAAGUGCCUCCACAACCAAAGUCAAGAAAUGUACGCCGACCAAACAAUGAGAACAUGGAGAGAGCUGCAACAAACGCUGGUAUGGAGAUGUUUGAAGUCUUCCUCAAAUCUCAAAACCCCAAAGUUCAGAUGAAUCAGUUUCUUUAUGGCCGUAAUAUGCCCAAGAUGGCACAUGAUCCCUAUCCAGCUAUGUCUAAGAACAGACAAGCCUCAGCCCCCGCCGCCUCACGGAUGGGCAGUCGACCCAUAUCUGGUGCCUAUGGUGUAAAGAAUCCUACCAUCACAAGGGAUGAAAAAUCGUCAGGUCUAGCAGUUACUAGCUCACGAAUGUUGGGGAUUGACCGAUUGCUUUCUUGUGCAAUGGACCCCCUUCCUCCGAUAAAGUCUCACUUCCAUGAGUACCACGAACCUUUUGAUGACUGCUCUGUACCUGGUCAGCGGCCAUCCUCAGCAACCAAUCAACAACAGAGGAAGCCUUUGUAUGGCAAGAAACAGUACAGCAAUGCAAUCAACAACCCGUCAGCAGGUUCUCACAAGGCCUACUUCGGCAGUUACAAUCAGAACGUAGGCACCAUCUCCUCCUCAGCGCUAGCUUCACUUCAGGGCAAGAGGUCAUGAUUGGUGAAGGGGGCGUGAUAGGGCUCUGGCAACGUGUAUGGACCACAAAACAUAUUCAUGUCUACAUCUGACCUAUGUAUGUUUUAUCUGACGCUAGCUUUCUUCCUUUCACUGAGAAUUGGAAAUAGGUUUUUGUUCAACUGUUAUUGGUUGAAUGUCUGUAAACCAUCAUGAGGUGACUGAAGGAAUAGGUUGACAUUUUUAAAGCUAGAUAAGUCAGGACUGUUCAUUGCUCAUUUGUUCAGGGUUGUCCGAGUAAUAAUGGUCACAGAAAAAAAUAUUUAGGUGUGGUUUAAAGGAAGCAAUAAACAUGUCCUUAAAAGUCAGAUUUUAUUUUUGAAAAAUUGGAAAGUAAAUUUAAAGAUCUGUAACAGAUCAGGAAGUUGCUUUCUACAGUGAGAUUUGUAACAAAAGAAUUCAUUGAGAUUCACUAGUAACUAGAAUCUGCAGACAAACUGUAUAUUGUCACCUCCACCAGAAGUAUAUAUACAGAACAUAACUGACAGAUGAUAUAGUUAACUGUCUAUUUAACAGUUAGGUGUAAGAUAAAAAAAAAAAACACCUGGAAUGUAGUAGUGUGGAGUUAAGCUAAUUUGUGACCAAGUGAAAUAUCAGGUUGUAUCUGUUUUCCUUUGGAGAACUGGUUGGUGUUUUUUUCUGUAGAUUUUACUUGCCACAAUUUAUUGGAAAUAGUACAGUAUAUUUGGCCCAGUAAAGCCAUAGGAGACACUGUUUUUCUGAGUUUGGUGAAGGGUUGGGUCACUGGGAUCACACAAGGAUAGGGGGCACUUUUAAUAUCCCGUGCUUACUGAUGGUCUUAAAAGUUAUAACUAUAAGACAGUUCUACUGUUCAAGAAGCAAGGUCUAGGGAAAGUAAUAGCUGUUAACUGUCAUACACAAGAAGACAUUAGUUUAGCAUUUAACAGUAAGGCCCAACCUUUCAUUAUUUAAGUUCAUCAGAUGUUGGUUUAAGAAUCAUGUUAUGAAGAUUCUAAUUUCAUGGCUUGAUUUGUUUUACUUGACUAUUUUGAUGUUAUAUUCUGGCAUUAUCUCUUCAUCUGCUAUAAAUAUGAUAAAAUAAAAUAAAGAGUAAAAUUUGGGUACAAAUGUGAUACAGAUUUCACCCCCUUCUCAGGGAUAAGGCUGCCCAAGUCUAAUGCAAGUAACAUGAAAUAUGUAUCCCUGCAGCUACACAUUACAUUGUCUACCACCCCAAAAUGUCGCCCCAAGUCUAAGAUCACAGUUAGGGGUCAAAGUUCUAAUGAUAUUGGAUUUACUGCCCAAGGUUUAAGGUUGGAUUUCCCUCAUUAACCUGGUACUUGUUAUCACUGGACAUUGUGUCACACACUACUUAAUAUGGAAAGGCCAAGGUCACAAGUAGAGGUCAAAUCACCUUUUUUUGGAGUCUGGUCAUGUGUGCAAAUAAUAUUUAUUUGUCUGCUGAAGGGCAAGGUUAGUGUAUUAAUUUGGGUUUGCAGAACUCUGACCUUGUGUGCAUUAGAAAAUGUCUUACAUGAAAAUCUUUUUGAAAUAGUGUUGCAUGUACUAUAACAAUGAUUUUUAAAAUCCACAAUAUUUUGCUUGCAAGGAGAGGAAGUAUUGAUUGCAAUGAGAAGGAGUAUUUGUAAGGGCAGGUGUGAGAGGAUAAGAAUGACAGGAUUUUUCCUGGUUUGGACAGACUAUCUGGAUAAUAGCAAAGUGAUUGCAUGUGAAACUUGAAGAAUGCUAGGGUAGUUUUUAUAUUUUCAAAAGCUGAACCAUUUCCUUCUAUUCUCUGAUUUUCCUCAGUUUCGUUGGAAAACGUAACGUUUGGAGGAGGAAGUUGUCUUCAAAAAAGGUGUAACAAUCUGACAUAAAAGAAAAUUUGAGUGCAUUCGUAACAUUUAUUUUAAAAGUCAAAAUUUGCACUCGUGAUUUUAUAAAAAAAAAAAAAAAAAUGUAUUUUGCAUACUUUAAUGCUUCUGAAAUGGUCUACGACAAGGAUUUACACAGAACAGUUUGAACUAGGUUUUUGCUGAAAAUGUGUUCAUUAAAAUACCCUCAGUUGAGUAAAAGAUAAAAUGAGGCUGUGGAAGUCCAGGUAGGACUACCAGUGUGUUCCUCAAAUAUAUGUACCAACACGCACCUCACAGAAUCAAACCAUUCGCACAUGUUGGAAACUUCACUUUUUGUUGUUGUGAGAACAUUAUUUUAAUUUUAAAUAUUGUUAAUUUUAAAUAUUUUAUGAUGACUACCCAUAGUGUGAUAUAAGUAUAGUAUAAACCGUCACCAUUUUGCCGUCCAAUAUACAUCACCAAUAUUAUCUCAUGAUACAUGUAUACAUCCUGUUUUAUGUAUUAAAUAAUUAUAUACAUAUAAUGUACUGUGUGCCGAGGGUUAGUGUAUUCUCAAAUUGAAUGAUAUAUUUCAAAUUAUCCACAUUUACAUUCCAAUGUUUUUAUCAUUCCAGCAACGGUUGAUUGCAUUUCAUAGAAAUGGACUUUUUUGCUGUUAUAUUUUUCAUUAUUUUAUAUUCAUUAACUUCUGAUUUCGAUCAAUAACCAAUUGAUCAAAAUAUGUAUACCAUAAUAUUGGGUUCUAUCAGAUGUUGAGUUAAUAUGAUUGUUUCUUUUUGCUUUUUAGAAAUAUUGCCUUUUUAUAUUUGUUUGAAUCAAUUUAAGAGGACCACUGUGUAAAACUUGAUACAUACUUUUCUGUUUAAAGAUACCUCUCUUAUUUUUUUAGUCCAUUUUUUUUUAUUUAGUUUUACACACAACGUGAUACAAAACACUAUGAGUUGACUGCCGUCCAUUAUUGUAUAAUAUAUAUAUAUAUAUAUGAGUAAAAAAACUUCUGGUCUCUUAAGGUAAAGGAUAUCACUGAGAUAAAAUGUAUUACCAUUGUAACAAUUAAGAAAUAUUUCAAUAAGUUCUUUUCUACAAAAAAGAAAUCACAUAAAUUACAUGUUGUGACACAUUUAAAAACUUCUUUGUUGAAAAUUUGAAAAGAGAAAUGAAAAAAAAACAAAAACAAAAAAGUGCAAGGUUCAAACUCAGUACCUAUAUACUUCCCACCCUACAUCUACAAAUGUUGCUACCAAGGAUUUAUAAAUGCAUUGCAUCAAAAUGAGUCUAUCAGCUGAAUUACCUGCUGAGGAGGAAAAAUGGAAUGUAGAGAGAUGAAUACCUUUACAAGGGAAGUAACUCUUCAUUAAAAACAGCUCCAAGUGAAAUCCUUCUUUUAACUGAUGUAAUACGUGGUACCAUUUACCUUAGAAAAUAAGCCUGUGUCUUAGAUAAUAAGCCUGUGUGAUUUUACUGUGAGUUUUAUUUUUCUGUCGGAGGAAUGAAUUUUACAUGUAUCAGGUACAUAUAUUCAGGAACAUAAUCAGUUUCUGAAAUAUUUUGUGGCAGAUGUUAGGUAAUAAUGAUUUAUCUCCAAAGCAAAGGAACUGUUUAAUUAAUAUAGAGGUUACAUGUGAUUGCUACAGUAUGAAGCAUUUUAAAGGAAGUCCUUUGAUCUUUGUUGCUGUUUCUGUUGAAGCAUUGGUAAGAAUUUGAUCAUUUAAAGAUGUGAUAUGUGUUGGAAAUGACAGUGUUUUUGAAUGAAAUACUUCAACCUAUUCACUAUAGACUUUGUGAAUGUUUUUGGUUAUUUGAGGAAUUGAAAGCCUUUUUGUGAUCAUGUAGAAAAAUCCACCAUUAUCUGCAUGUGAAAUUGUUCUAUCUGGCUGCAAUUUGUUUGAAAAGCAAAAUUUUUAAAUUGGUAAAAAAAUGUUUUGCUAUUUCAUCACAUGAUUUGUGAAAGUAAAAUUAUUUUGAAAUAAUUUUUAAAUUGCAGCAAAAUUUGCCAAAUAUAAUAUAUAGUAAUACACCAUUCCGUCCCAGUAUUGUUGAUCCCUGUUUGGGCUGUUGACUCUCACCGCCGAUGAGGUCGUUAAUAAGAUUAUUUGUUGUGACUAUGUAAUUUAUGAAAAAGAUAUAUAUGAUGAAACUUCGAUGAGAUAUAUAUAAUUUAUUUUUUAUUUUUAAAUUAAAUUUGUACAUUCACAGCAUGUUGCAAAUAUCUGUAUUGUACAUAAAUUGCUAUGACUAGAUGCAAGUGUAACUUCAAAAGGUCUUGAGUGGAGUGUCAAUGUGAUCAAACUCAAUUCUUGAAAAAAACGUUCACCUUACCACUAAAUGUUGUAAUAUAUAACAUUGAUACUAACACGAUUUCAACCAUCUGAUCAUCAAUUGCAUAUUACGUGAAUCUGAAAUUUAGGAGGGUGUAGAAAGGGUUUGGAUUUUUUUUAAUUGAAAACAUCCAGGAACAUAUGUAAAUCAUUUCACAAUGAAGUACAUUUUGUAAUCACAUUUCACUAAUAAUAACUGUAUAUUGGUGUUUCACGUUUCCUUAUGAAAUGGUUGUGAUACCACUGAUUUUAAACAUUAUUUAUCAUAUAUUUGUCCUUUUAAAUCAUUUCUUAAUUCAGUGGUCAUCACUAAAUCACCUUUUGGUCAGUAAAGAGUGAGUAUAGCCUAUUAUAAUUACAUUAGUAGGGAGAAACCAUAUCCUGUUUAAUACGUCGUGGAUAGAUUAACCUAGUAGAUCUGUACAAUAAUGGCCUCUAUUACCAAGAAGGGUAAUAAGGCAAAGCUGGCAUUUGAAUACUCGUAGAAGUUGUGUUAAAGACUAACAAAGACUGUAUGUAGUAACUGACACAGUUGUUCUGUAACUAGGUUACUGACGGCCUGGUUAAUCUGUAUCUAAGUCAUUGACAGGCUUGACUGGUCUGUAUGUAGGUCACUGGCUGAGCUGUAUAUAGGUCAUUUAGAGUUUGGCUGAUCUAUAUGUAGACCACUGACUGUCUGGUCAGUCAUUAUGUAGGUAACUGAUCCAUGACGGUCUAUCAAAGUCUGUGCAUAAGAUACUGACAGUAUGGCAGGUCUCUUUGUAGGUCAAGGACGAUCUGGCUGGCCUGUAUGCAAGUCUGACAGGUCUGUAUGUAGUUUACAGACAGUAUGACAGGUCAAUAUGUAGGUAUAACUGUCAAUCUAGCAGGUCUAUAUGUAGGUGUUUGACAGGCCCAUAUGUAGGUUACUGCCAGUCUAGCAGGUCCAUAUGUAGGUUACUGACAGUGACAGGUCCAUAUAUGUAAGUUACUGUCAGUCUGACUGAUCUUUAGGUAGGUUACUGACGGCACAGUCUGACAGGUCCAUAUGUAGGUUACUGACAGUCUAACAGGUCCAUAUGUAGGUUACUGUCAGUCUGACAGCUGGUCUAUAUGUAGGUUACUGUCAGACUGACAGUAAGUCCAUAUGUAGGUUACUGACAGGACCAUAUGUAGGUUACUGUCAGUCUGACAGGUCUAUAUGUAGGUUACUUUCAGACUGACAGGUCCAUAUGUAGGUUACUGACAGGUCUAUGUAGGUUACUGUCAGACUGAUAGGUCUGUAUGUAGGUUAUUGACAGACGGACAGGUCUGUAUGUAGGUUACUGACAGACGGACAGAUCUGUAUGUAGGUUACUGCAGCUGUCAGUCUGACAGAUAUUUAGGUAGGUUACUGACGGUAUCAGUCUGACAGGCCCAUAUGUUGGUUACUGACAGGUCUGUAUGUAGGUUACUGUCAGACUGACAGCUGGUCUAUAUGAAGGUUACUGUCAGACUGACAGGCCCAUAUGUAGGUUACUGACAGGUCCAUAUGUAGGUUACUGACAGACUGACAGGUCCAUAUGUAGGUUACUGACAGGUCUGUAUGUAGGUUACUGUCAAACUGACAGGUCAAUAUGUAGAUAACGGACAGUCACACUGGUCUCCAUGUAGUGUAUUAGCCAACAAUGUCAGAUCUUUCUUUUCUGUUUUUUUUUCCUGGUCAAGCUUGAUGCUAUAUGCCAGAAAUGUUUACGAAUUUCCUUGUACAAUGUAUUUGGAAAAUGAAAAUAAAGAUGAAUGACAAGAUA